CAUUUUCUUAUUCCUUUUACCAUACGACUCUCCGAGCAGUUGAAAUUGAAAUUCCAGUCAAUGCCGAAGUGGACGCAUCCGAAGGAUGUGGGUUGCAAAUUUGCAAUUGUAUCGCCUGCGAGGAGCUCAGUGAUGACGGAUCUGGUCGGGAAGGCUGACGAUGACGCCACCACCCUUUGCGCUCUGGGCUCCCACUCUCUUGACAUCGCCAACUGAAAUCUUUUUCUCGUCCUUGGGUGGGCCGAUUGACUGAUCCGGAUGAACGCGGGCUCAAGAAUCCGACCCGACCUGUCCUCGAGUUGCUGGUUUUUAACGAGAUUUGGGUAGUGGCCGUCGGCACUUACAAAGGGUAUCUGUCGGUUUAUUCCUUGUCAGGAGAUCUGAUUCAUAGAUAGGUAAGAAGCUGCAAUUUUUUUAUUUUCGUGUGUUUUCAUUUUUCAUUUUGGAUUUUAAACUCUUGUAUUAUUGUGUAAUUGGGAUUACUUUAUAGUGUUGUGGCAAUGACUUUGACAUGUUAUUCCAAACAAUUGAAUAAGAGUUCCUUUAUUCU